UCGACAUCCACAUCCAUGGAACAAUUCUGAGCACGACCAUCCCGGCGGCGUUUCCUUUUCUCCAACGACGUCAGAUCCAUGGAAAUCGAUUGAACGAUGAUCUUCGCGAAGUUGGCCCUAACAAGUAUGUCCGUGGACAAAUCGGCGCCAACUUCUCCGAAGCAGGAUCUCACCACCAAUGUGCUGCGCCUCAAGAUGUCUGCAGUGCAGAUAAGCCUGUUCAACCACGGGCAGCGGUGAGUUGGCGGCGCCUUUUCUGCGCAGCCCUAAAUCUCUCACCUGAGCGUCUCCUUCUCACCUUCAUCGUUAUUGCCAUCUAAUCCUCUAUCUACAAUUUGACUGACAUUAGUGUCGUUGCGACACGAGCGUUGGCCUUCACUCCUAGGUCCAAUUGACCUCGUAUUCCUAGGCGCUACGGAUCACCAACCACCAGCCUCAUAUUUGAUUGUCGGUGACCGAGCAUCCAAACCUCCAGCUUCACUCAUAAAGACACGCCGAAAUGGUAAUCUCAGACGCAUUCCCUCAUUUCGGCCCCACUUCUCUUCCAUACUGGCCUCCCACCACAUUAUCUACGAGCUCGAGUCUCAACAGAGAGCAAGCGACAACAAGCCUCACCACAUCGAGUAGCUAUUCAAGUCCAACCAGCGGACCUUACAUUGAUACACACAACCAAAAUGUCUGGGGUGGUCUUGCUUCCGGUGCGAAAAUAGCUAUUUGCCUCGUGGUCGUCGGUAUUGGCAUCAUCGUCCUGGCCUCGAUUUGGUGUUGCUGCGGAUGCUGCAUUGGAGGCCGGCGUUGUGGGAAGAGACAGAUACCUCCGGGACAAGGCAAUCGUGGUGAUCUGCCAUUGUCCACGAUGCCUGGAGCCGAAAGGAGAGGACGGCAAGACGACAGAGCUGUAGAUGGAGAUCUACCUCCGCCGCAGUACGAAGAGACGGCCCCGCAUCAACAUCAGACGAUUGCAGGCGGCAUCACACAUGUGAGGGAGGAGGAAGAAGGGGUUAUAUCUGAUGGGAAGACCCCGUUGAGCGAGAUUCCUUUUGAGGAUGUUGUGCUCGAUCACCCUGUGUCUGCGGGCUCCGCGUCGGGGUCUGGCUCGCCCAGCUCAGCCCGGGAAUUCGCAGUGAGACAUCAUGGGCUGGGAGGAGAUACACGAGGGCAUACGAAUUCGUGAAGAGUGUGGGAGAGGGGGAGGAGUUUCAAUUCUGGCAGGGAAAAGCUUCAAGGCUGGCUUUGCUCAGCCUUGAGAAUACAGGCGUCGAUCGCCGAUAUGAA